CCCCGCGACUCCAACACCGCUGACAACUGGAUCCACCGCCACCCUUCCCUCAUCCGCCUCACCGGCAAACACCCCUUCAAUUCCGAACCCCCUCUCCCCCUCCUCAUCUCCCACGGCUUCCUCACCCCUGUUCCCAUCCACUACGUCCGCAACCACGGCCCUGUCCCUACAGCCACCUGGUCCUCCUGGACAAUCCACAUCUCCGGCCUACUCAAACACCCCGCCCUCCUCACCAUGGACUCCCUCCUCCACGAUUUCCCCUCUUUCGAAAUCCCCGUCACCCUCGUCUGCGCCGGCAACCGCCGCAAGGAACAGAACAUGGUUCGCCGGACCAUCGGCUUCAAUUGGGGUCCGGCGGCCGUAUCCACCUCCGUCUGGCGCGGCGUUCGUCUCCGCCAUGUGUUGAAGCGCUGCGGCAUCAUGAAGGCUCGCGACGGCGCGCUUAACGUCUGUUUUGAAGGAGCAGAGGAGCUUCCCGGCGGCAAGUAUGGGACCAGUUUGAACAGGGAAGUGGCGAUGGAUAGGAGUAGGGAUAUUAUGAUUGCGUACAUGCAGAACGGGGAGCUUCUGAAGCCCGACCAUGGCUUCCCGGUUCGGAUGAUUAUGCCGGGUUUUAUUGGAGGGAGAAUGGUUAAGUGGCUGAAGAGGAUUGUAGUGACGACGAAGGAGUCUGAGAGCUAUUACCAUUACAGAGAUAAUCGGGUUCUGCCUUCUCAUGUGGAUGCGGAGCUUGCUGAUGCACAAG